UUUAAUCGUUCCCUUUCCUUUACUCUAUUGCUCCCUCUUCCUCUUUAAUUUUUUUGUUUUUUUUUUAUUCCUGUCUUGAAAAAUUCAGAACCUUUAAUUUUUACCCAUCGAUUAGCCCUCCAAUCCAUAACUUCCAGGUUUUAUGUGUCCAAAUAUAUGCGUCAAUUUGUUUUAAAGAUAUUACUAAUAUAGAUAACAAAUUAAAAAAACAAAAAAGUUGCGAGAUAACUUUAAUAUUAAGUUAUAGAUAUAUCUCCAAAAAAAACAACUUAUCAUUAUCAAUUUGAGUCAAAGUCAAUGAACUCUUGUACAUAUUAAAAAAUAUAUUUGAAAGAAAAAUCAAAUAUUUUUAUCACAUAAUUGAUUUUUGGGUUAUUAUAGUGUUGAGAUGCAAGCGACCGAUGUCAUGUUUCCAGACCAAAUUAUUCUCUAAACAGAUUAUUACAAACAGGCUUACAGCUUGGGCAACGGCACAUCGUGUAGAAAACAGGAUUGUUAUUAGGAUUAAUUCCACCAUGUCAACAGGAUUCUAAGCUUGGGCCGAAUCGUCCGCAUCUCUUUCUCUUACUCCACGCUAUCCUUUAACCAAUCAAAGCAAGUAACGUUCUCGACUAGCUGCACUGGAUGUCUUUAGAUCACCUUCCCAAGACAUCAAAACCCGAAAGAUUCUUCUUUAGACGAUGAAAUGGAUUGGUGGCAAAUUGUUCAAUGGAUGUAAUCUGACAUGGGGUUCUUGAAAUGUUCCAGGAAUCAACUGAGAAUUUCUUGUGCAUAAUUUUGGGGUUCUAGAAUGAUUUGAAUGUUCACAUUUUCUUGAGUGUGUAUGACUUGCGAGAAAGUUAGAAAUGGCAGUGGCAAGCAAGACUAGAAUUAUGCUCGAGGCUUUGGUAAAAGAAGGAUCAUUCAAAUGGUUACUUGGCAAGCAAAGCUCCUUUGCAAAGGAAUUUGAGGAGCUGGAGACUUCUCCAUCUGCUGGAAGGAAUUGGAUACCUGAACUCUCUCCAGUUGCAAAUAUCGUUGUGCGAAGAUGCUCAAAAAUUCUUGAAACCUCUUCUAGUGAGCUUCAGGAAAGGUUUAAUGCUGAGGCACGUGAAGCUAUAAAGCAUAAAUCACAGUAUGCGAGGAACUUUUUAGAAUACUGCUGUUUCAGGGCUCUUGCUCUGUCUACUCGAGUAAUGGGUCAUCUGGCUGAUAAAAAGUUUCGACGCCUUACAUUUGACAUGAUGGUGGCUUGGGAGGCCCCUGCAGCUUCCAGCCAAACUCUAAUUAAUUUAGAUGGUGGUCUAUCAGUUGGGGUGGAAGCCUUCUCUCGAAUAGCUCCGGCAGUUCCAAUCAUUGCCAAUGUGAUUAUUUGUGAAAACCUCUUUGAGGUUCUAACUAUCUCAACAGGUGGUCGGCUUCAUUUCUCUGUCUAUGACAAGUACCUAAAUGGACUGGAAAGAGUGAUAAAAAAGAUGAAGAGUCAAUCAGAGUCAUCUCUUCUGUCUGCUGUCCGAUCAUCAAGAGGAGAAAAAAUACUUGAGGUGGAUGGGACAGUCACUACUCAACCGGUUCUUGAACAUGUUGGAAUAUCAACAUGGCCAGGUCGGUUAAUACUAACAGAUCACGCAUUGUACUUUGAAGCCCUUCGAGUUGUAUCUUAUGACAAACCUAAAACAUAUGAUUUGUCAGAUGAUCUAAAACAAAUUGUUAAACCUGAGUUGACAGGGCCAUGGGGUACUCGGCUUUUUGACAAAGCAGUCUUAUACAAAUCAAUUUCCUUAUCAGAACCAGUUGUUAUAGAGUUUCCUGAGCUUAAGGGGCACACUCGGCGUGAUUACUGGCUAGCAAUAAUCUGGGAAAUUUUAUAUGUUCAUAGAUUUAUAAAUAAGUUCCAUAUUACUGGAAUUGAAAAGGAUGAUGCACUUUCAAAAGCUGUUCUUGGAAUUUUACGUGUGCAAGCCAUUCAGGAAAUUAGUUCCUCAAACUCCAUUUGCUUUGAAUCUCUUCUCAUGUUUAAUCUUUGUGAUCAAUUACCUGGGGGAGAUUUGAUACUGGAGACUCUUGCAAAUAUGUUAAGUUCAAGGGAAUUAGACCGGGGUAACAAUGUUGUGGCUGGAGGUGGCAUGUACGCAAUCUCAGCGUUGGCAAUGGUUUCAAACUUAGGGUUUGUGUUUGGUUCAAGUUUAAGUAAUCCCAGUGAGGCUGGACUUCUAGUGGGUGAAGUAGCUGUGGGUGAGAUGAGUUUGUUGGAGAAAGCAGUUAAGGAAUCUAGAGACAACUAUAAAAAAGUGGUGCUAGCACAAGAAACAGUAGAUGGGGUUAAAGUAGAUGGUAUUGACACCAAUUUAGCUGUUAUGAAGGAGUUACUCUUUCCAGUGAUAGAAGUUGGGAAGUGGCUUCUUUCUUUGGUAUAUUGGGAUGAUCCUCUAAAUUCUUUGCUGUUCUGUUUGUUUUUCACUUUCAUCAUUUUCAGGGGAUGGCUUGGUUAUGCCUUUGCAUUGAUGCUACUCUUUUUUGCGAUAUUUAUGGUUCUUACACAAUUUUGCAACCAAGGCAGGCCUGUGGAUGAAAUGAAGAUAAUAGCACCUCCACCUAUGAACACAGUGGAGCAGCUUUUGGCUGUUCAGAAUGCGGUAUCUCAAGUUGAACAGCUUGUCCAAGAUGGAAACAUAGUUCUUCUCAAGUUCCGUGCCUUGUUGCUGUCCAUUUCCCCACAGGCAAGCGAGAAAUUUGCAGUCGCUCUUCUGUUUGCAGCCUUGAUUCUGACUUUCUUGCCUAGUAAGUACGUGGUGCUCCUCAUCUUUUUGGAGACAUUUACGAGGUAUUCACCGCCAAGGAAAGCAAGCACUGAAAGAUGGAUGAGGAGAUUGAGGGAGUGGUGGUUCAGCAUCCCAGCAGCUCCAGUGGUCCUUGAAAGAGAAAAUGAAGAUAAGAAGAUAAAGUGACAGUGAUAAAUUUUUUUUUUUGUUUUGCUGUACAUAAUUGUUUGUGUAUGUAUUGAUUUUGUAUCACAGAACUCCAGAAAUGUAGAUCUUACAAAUGGAAAAAAGAGACACAAUAAGAAAAAAAAAAAAUAAAGUCGUUUGUUUCUCUUGGACAGGUAUCAAAAGGUGCCUGACUGUCGUAUUCUUUGUUGGAAACUUAAAUCUCUAUUUUGGAGAUUUUAACUGUUAGAAAUUUGAUUAUAAUGGCUUUUCAAAAAUCAGAAUCCUCAUUUCAAUAGUAAAACCAAAUAAUUAAAACUA